GGCGGGGCGAAUUGAGCACCUGCUUCCGGAACUGAACCUUUGGGUUUCCGUAGCUGGCUAGGGGUCUCAAUCUCUAGGAAUUGACGUUUCCUGCUGCUUUCGGGUGGAUACGAGACCGUGGACCUCGGCUGUGGGAACAGCGGGACGAUCCGAGGAUCUGCACGCUGGCUGCACCAUGGUCCAGCUUGGUACCCUUCUGUGCAAGGCCUACCGUAGCGGCCACUUAACUAUCCGCCUUGCUCUGGGUGGCUGCACCAACCGACCCUUUUACCGCAUUGUGGCUGCUCACAACAAGUGUCCCAGGGACGGCCGUUUUGUGGAACAGGUGGGCUCCUAUGAUCCACUGCCCAACAGUCACGGAGAAAAACUCGUUGCUCUGAACCUGGAGAGGAUUCGGCAUUGGAUUGGCUGUGGGGCCCACCUCUCUAAGCCUAUGGAGAAGCUUCUGGGUCUGGCUGGCUUUUUCCCCCUGCAUCCUAUGACGAUCACAAAUGCUGAGAGACUGAGAAGGAAGCGGGCACGUGAGAUCGUCUUAGCUUCUCAGAAAACAAACACAGAGGCUACAGAAACAGAAGCGAGCUGACUUCAGUGAAUGUGGCAGUGGUUAUAAGGUCAAGAUCUUCUGUAUGCAGAACUCUCAAUUUUGUUAGGUUCAAUGAACAAUAAAUGAAGUUUUCUGAGUCA